CGGCUGCGGCGGCCGCCAUCUUGUUUACUCGGGCAGUGUUUGUGUGUGAAGCUGGGGGUUGUUGGAGAGGGAUACCGGUCUAACCGCGGAAGCAGAGCUGCAGUGGACCGUUUAUGAUCUUGUGCUAUAAAAUAACCACAGAAGAUGUUUUACGCUCACUUUGUGUUGAGCAAGCGUGGGCCACUAGCCAAAAUCUGGCUAGCGGCCCAUUGGGACAAGAAGCUUACCAAAGCCCAUGUGUUUGAAUGUAAUCUGGAGAGCAGUGUGGAAAGUAUAAUUUCUCCAAAGGUUAAGAUGGCUUUGCGAACCUCUGGACACCUUUUACUAGGUGUGGUGAGGAUUUAUCAUCGAAAAGCUAAAUAUCUGCUGGCAGACUGUAAUGAAGCCUUCAUAAAGAUUAAAAUGGCUUUCCGUCCAGGGGUUGUAGAUCUUCCAGAGGAGAACAGAGAGGCUGCAUACAAUGCUAUCACUUUGCCUGAAGAAUUUCAUGAUUUUGACCAGCCGUUACCUGACUUAGAUGAUAUUGAUGUGGCUCAACAGUUUACCUUGAAUCAGAGUAGAGUGGAAGAGAUCACGAUGCGAGAGGAAGUGGGCAACAUAACUUUACUUCAGGACAAUGACUUUGGUGAUUUUGGUGUGGAUGAUCGUGAGAUCAUGCGAGAAGGCAGCACAUUUGAAGAGGAUAUAAUGGGAAGCACCAGUGAUUCUAAUCUAUUGUUGGAGCCAGUGCAAAACACCACAGCCCAGCUGGCUGAGAAAAGUAACCAUUUGGCGUACGACGAUCCCCUCAAAAAUGAUGGAUUUGGAGAUGGAAUUGAUGGUGGAAUUCUUGAUGACAAACUUUUAAGUCAUGAUGAUGGUGGUAUUUUUGAUGAUCCGCCGGUGCUACCUGAUGGAGGAGUUUUAAUGCCAGAGGAACCUAUUCAUAAUGAUGAUGAAGAUGAUGUUAUGUCCAUGGGUGGGCCAGAGAGUCCGGAUUCUGAUGAUCCAGUUGAACCUCUACCUACAAUGACUGAUCAGACAACUUUAGUACCAAAUGAAGAAGAAGCAUUUGCUUUGGAGCCAAUUGAUAUAACUGUUAAGGAGACAAAAGCCAAAAGAAAACGGAAACUGAUUGUUGAUAGUGUAAAAGAACUGGACAGUAAAACAAUUCGGGCACAGUUAAGUGACUACUCUGACAUUGUAACUACGUUGGAUCUUGCACCACCUACCAAGAAACUUAUGAUGUGGAAGGAAACCGGUGGUGUGGAAAAAUUGUUCUCCCUUCCAGCUCAGCCUCUUUGGAAUAACAGGUUGCUUAAGCUUUUUACGCGCUGCCUCACGCCAAUUGUUCCAGAUGAGCUAAGAAAAAAAAGAAAAGGAGGUGAAGCAGACAACUUGGAACAAUUCCUGAAAGAGAUUGAAAAUCCAGAAGUGCCAAGAGAGGAGCAGCAUCCACAACAGCAGCAGCGUGACAUAAUUGAUGAACCUAUCUUGGAAGAGCCUAGUCGUCUACAGGAAUCCAUAUUGGAAAGCAGUAGAACUGCACUAGAUGAGUCCAUUAUGCCCCCGCCACAGAGAGUCGUUAAACGUAAAUCGAAGGAAAUGGAAUCUGAACCCACAGUACCUCAAGAUGAGCAACAGCAGCCACAGCAGCAGGAACAAGAACUGCAAAUUCCACCAGUAGAGCUUCCUCCAGAGGAACUGCAUAUCACUGACCUUGUUCCAGAGCUUGCUGUUCUACCAGAGAAGAAAGAAAAAGAUGAAGAAGAGGAAGAGGAGGAAGAAGAAACCGUGGGAGGUGACCAGGAUCAGGAAGAGAGGCGGUGGAACAAAAGAACCCAGCAAAUGCUUCAUGGUCUACAGAGAGCUCUGGCUAAAACGGGAGCCGAAUCUAUUAGCCUGUCAGAUUUAUGUCGAAAAAACAACCGGAAACAAGCAGCUGCAAAAUUCUACAGUUUUUUGGUACUUAAAAAGCAACAGGCAAUUGAGCUUACGCAGACUGAGCCUUACAGCGACAUUAUUGCAACUCCAGGACCAAGAUUCAACAUUGUCUGAUCUGAUUAAUCUUGAAUGACUAGUGUGUAUUCACUAGAUAUGUAUUGCCCCAUAAGGGGAUCUAAGACCAUACAAUACUUUAAAUUGGUUUUAAUGUAUAUUGAGUUAAAAGAUUAUUUUGGACAGAAAGACUCUUAAAUUUUUUGGAAUUAGGUGUGCUAUUCCAGUGUUUAUGGUAAAUACAAGUAACUCACACUCCUUGACAGGUUUUAUACUGAAUCAUGAUUGGAGAAAUGCAUAAUGUUUCAGGUAUAUUAUGAAUACAUUUCUGUGCAGACAUAAUUAUGGCUUUGUUGAUUGCAUUGUUCAUAAAUGAUACCUGUGUCAUGCCACUGCUGCUGGUAAACUCUCAAAAUGUCGGUUGAUGAAAUUUAUAUGUCUACAACACAGUAGUAGAGAAGUUGAUAUUCAACACUUGCACUUAAUUUAACUUUUAGAUUUGUGUGCUGGUUCCUCUACGUUGACAUACUUUCAUAACACAGUCUACCAGUACGCCCAUUGUCCACUGGAAUUACAAACUAUCUGUUAAAAUGCAACCAAGGAUAUAUGAAAUAUUAAUUUUAAAUACAUACUCAUAAUUUUAGGAUGCUUUAACAGUCUGGAGUGUUACAAUGCUGUUUUAAACAUAAUGUGCCUGUAAGCUUAUAUUCUCUUUUUGUAUAAAAUGUGUAGAUAAUUUUUAAUGAAUGUUUAAUUAUGGAAAAGGUGAAAGCUUUCAUUUUAAGCAGCAUUUUGCUUAUGCUACUGAGUCUCUAGUUUGU